UUGAGGCGUUUUUUGGUUUCUCUGAUUGGUGAUGGUCGGUGGACUAAUGCUUGGGAGGAUUCUUGGUUACCCCGUGGUAAUCUCUCGGCUUUUUUAUCUUACAGAUUUAUCCAUUCUUAUGGAUUCUCUACUGCCACUACUGUUCGUGAGCUGGUUUUACGGUUGGAUGGUGUUUGGCCUACUAAGUGGCGUACCAGGUUUGCUGAAAUUUGCUCUGCUCCUUUGCCUGUGUUGAAUGAUUCUGUUUGUGAUUAUGUUCUUUGGGAGGAUAAUAGUGCUUCUUGUUCGAAAUUCUCGGUUAGUAAGGCUUGGGCUUCGUUGGAGGGAACUUAUCCGGUUGUUUCUUGGUAUAAAUCAGUAUGGUUCUCUGGCCACAUUCCUAAACACGCCUUCUGUUUAUGGCUUGCUUGUCAUAAACGUUUGCCUACUCAAGAUCGUAUGCUUUGGAAGGAUGAACCGCCUGAUCUAAAAUGUUCGCUUUGUGGAAUUUUUAUGGAUUCCCACUCGCAUUUAUUCUAUCAGUGUAACUUUGCGCAUGAAGUUUGGGAUAGUAUCUUGCAUAAAGUGGACUUGACGACCAUUCCUUCUUCGUGGGAUCAUAUUUUGGAGGCUAUUUUUGAUACUGAUCGAAGAUCGAGGAGCCUGAAGCAGAAACUUGCGGUGGCUGCGUCUGUUUACUAUAUUUGGCAGGAACGUAAUAGAAGACUUUUUUCAGAGGAUCGCCGGACAUCUAUGCAACUUAUCAAACUUAUUGAUCAUACUAUUGCUACUCGUGCAGUUUGGAUGGUAGGGCGAACUCAGGGUAAUGCUAUUUGA